ACAAAUGCGAAAGAAAGGGCUGCGACUACUUGCGUUGCACCGAAGAAAAGUAAUGUGGGUGGGAUCAUACGAGCUUUGGAUUGAUGCCCUGGCUGGUCUCAUGACUGGGUCGCCAUUAUGCAACCAUCAUUCCAGUACAGUUUGGUGUAGACCAUUUCUGAUACACAAGAAUAGACCUCUGGUCUUCAUUCUUCCUUCCAUCCAUGCUGCUGCUGCUGUGACGCUGGUCGCAUUUACAGUGUCACCGCUCUAGAUCCUGCAGCAGCAACGCCACCACCACACCGACAAUCUGCACUCGCAUCACUUUCUCUGGGAAUGUUUAUGCCGCUUAACGCUCCCUCAUCACCUCGUGCAGUGACACAAUUCCGGGUGGAUUUGGAGAUGCUUGGUGCUCACGUUGCGGCAGAUCUUGCUACUGGGAGUCGGAUUUCUUUUGGUUGAGUUAGGGUAGUUGAGUGGAUCACCUUGCGUCGAAGAUUUGGAAUUCGUGUUAGAGAGCAGUGAUUCGGUUCGCGAGUCGGGUAUUGGGUUUUGAGGAAAUGGAUUUGUGGGUUUCAUAGCUGGGGGCGGUUAUAAUUCCGAGGUGUAGGGUUCGGAUAUUUUCCCUUGUCAGGGGUAUGACUGAAUGAAUUGUUCUUUUCGCUACCGCAAAUUUUAGUUGGUUUUCGAGAAAAGAUAGGAUCUGUUAAGCGAACCCUAGUUUGGCUCCUCUGUAGCAGUUCAAGGCUUGUUUACAAAGCUCUUUUUUCUCGAAAAAGAUCAGAGGAUUUUGCGUUCUUGAUCAACACAGGAAUUCAAAAUGUCGCUCAACAUGAAGUCUUUCACACAAGCGCUUGCUAAGGCCUCUGCGGUCAUUGAGAAGACGGUGUCGAGCACCGUGCACGAGGUGACUGGACCCAAAGCGAUGCAGGACUAUGAGUUGUUAGAACAGGUGGGGUCCGGAGGUCCAGAUUUAAUUUGGAAGCUCUACGCGGGACGGCCUCGGAACAAGGCCACGCAGAUGCACAAUCCUGAAGUAUGCGUUUGGGUUCUGGACAAGAAGGCACUUACAGAUCUCAGACUUCGAGUUGGUAUAUCUAGGGCUGCGGAGGAGGCAUUUUUGGACUUGGUGCGGCAAGACGCUGCGCAGUUGAUGCGCUUGCGACAUCCAGGUGUAGUACGUGUAAUACAAGCUCUGGAUGAGAGCAAAACAACCAUGGCCAUGGUGACUGAACCAAUCUUCGCUUCUGUUGCUAAUGUAUUGGGGCGACUUGACAACGUUGGAAAAGUCCCCAAUGAGUUGAAAGACUUGGAGCUAGGUCAACUCGAGAUCAAACAUGGUUUGUUGCAGCUGGCUGAGACACUGGGAUUUCUGCAUAACAAUGCACGUCUUUCUCACCGAGGCAUCUCACCAGAGUCUGUUUACAUCACAUCUCAUGGAGCAUGGAAGCUUGCUGGAUUUGGAUUUUCCAUUAGUCUAGACCAGACUGGAGCUGAUCCAACGGGGGGUCCUGUUUUUCAUUUCCCGGAUUAUGAUGUGGAUGACGUAGUUUUGCCGUUGCAACCACCUCUUGAUUAUACAGCGCCCGAGUUGACACGUAAAGGAGCUGGUGGGCCUUUUGCAUCGACAGACAUCUUUAGCCUUGCUCUGCUUGCAUUUCAUCUACUAUCCCGUCAUUCACUCCUUAAGUGCAAUAAUAAUCUGCAAACGUAUUCAGGCAAGGCUUCAUACCUUCCAAACGAAAGUUUCUCAAAUGUACCUGCCGAUAUUGGUCAAGACUUGAGACGGAUGCUCAGUUCGGAUGUGCAUUCCAGACCUAGCGCCCACGACUUUACAACUUCUCCGUUCUUUCGGGAUGACACUAGGCUGCGUGCAUUGCGGUUCCUGGAUCAUAUGCUGGAAAGAGACAAUAUGCAAAAAACCCAGUUCUUGAAAGCUAUGGCAGAUAUGUGGACCAACUUUGAUGCCCGUGUGCUACGUUACAAGGUGCUGCCACCAUUAUGUGCUGAGCUUCGGAAUGAAGUGAUGCUGCCAAUGGUGCUCCCGAUGGUGCUCACUAUUGCAGAAUCGCAGGAAAUGGUGGAUUUUCAGUCUGCAACACUUCCAGCAUUAUUACCUGUUCUAGGAACUGCCACUGGAGAUGCUUUGCUUUUGCUAGUUAAGCAUGCAAGCCUCCUCAUCAACAAGGCAGGACCAGAUGCCUUGGCAGCUAAUGUGGUACCCAUGAUUGUCCGUGCCUUUGAAGACCCUGAUGCCCGAAUGCAGGAGGAAGUUCUGAAGCGCACCUUGAACCUCACCAAGCAGCUCGAUUUCACAGUUCUUAGGCAAUCGAUUUUACCCCGUGUUCAUGGUCUUGCUCUCAAGACCACAAUGGCAGCAGUGCGAGUGAAUGCGCUGCUAUGUCUAGGCGAGGUUGUUCCACGCCUUGACAAAGGGGCUAUACAAGAAAUUUUACAAACUUUGCAGCGCUGCACUGCUGUCGACCAUUCUGCUCCUACUUUAAUGUGUUCUCUAGGAGUCGCAUCUGCUAUUCACAAACAGAUGGGUGUGGAAUAUGCUGCAGAGCACUUGCUUCCACUUCUUUGCCCUCUGCUCACUGCUCAGCAGCUAAACCUUCAACAAUUUGCAAAGUAUAUGCAUUUCGUGAAAGAAGUUCUCAGGAAAAUAGAGGAGAAGCGAGGUGUUGAAGUCAAUGGGGUGGAGCCAGUUUCUCUAGACAUGAAGACGAUGGCGCUUACUGGUCCUGCAAAAGCCAAUGUUUCGGCAACAGGGAACGGUACAGACAACAACAGUUCAUGGGACGCUGACUGGACUGCUCCUAAGAAGACACCCACCAACACUGCACUUGACAAUAGUAGCUUGUUUCCUCAAAAAGCUUCCCCUGCAGCUCCAAGUGCGGCGCCAGCUCCGCCCCCUCAAUCUUCCUUGCAACAACCUGAUUUGUCAUUUGAGUGGCCUCCGCCUGCGUCCACUGCUAAUCAGGCCACCAAGGCUCCCAGCUCUCCUUACGCUGGUGGAAUAGGUUCUGUCUUCAGCAACGCAAAUCUGAGUUCUUCAAAUAACUUUCAAACUACAGCAAACACUCAAGCUAGUGGCGACAAUGAUCCAUUCUCUACUUGGGCACCACGAGCAUCUUCAAAUUCGAGCAAUACAUCUAUACAGCCCAGUUGGAAUGGUGGUUCCAUUUCUUCAAAUACUCAAAGCCUUGGCAACCUUAAGACAAGAACAGGGAGUUCAAAAUCUAUGUUGAAUGCAAAUGAUUGGACGAUGCCUUCGGCUCAGCAGAGUCCGCAAAAGGAUACAAAUGAUUUUGGCGACUUUUUCAGCUCUCCUGGACGUCAAGAGGCCCCAUUAAAACUGGCUCCUCCUCCUCCAACUGCGGGCUUAGGGAAAGGGAGAGGGAGAAACCCUAUCCGUGGGCCACAGGUCAGGCACACAAAAACUAAUACAAGUGAUCAACCUCCCUUGCUGGAUCUGCUAUAAUAGCUCUAGUGGACAGAACUUAGAAUUUGUAAACUCGUGGUUAGGCUAAUAUCUUAGUCAUUCUUGAGAGGCAUGCAGUAGAGGUAGUCUCGAAUGAUAAUAAGCUUCAUUGUUGCAGCCCGCUCCUUCCCUUUUAGUCUCCGAAAAGUCUUGUUAAGACAUUAGCAGGGAAGUUUUUGUACAAAGAGUGUAGAAGGUAUUGUUGGGCUUUCUUGCUUACAAUUACGCUUAGUGGCGUCACUUUAGUUACGGAUGUGUCACUAUUUAUUACAUUAGAACAUUCUUCGUUCGUAGUUAUGAAGGAUCAACAGGUCCAGCUAAUCGCAUAAUUGUGUGGGACUUGGAGAGUCCCGUGUAUUUUGGCUAUCUGGCACCUUGAAGUAAUGCGAGUUGUUUUCAGUAUCAGUCAA